UCACUAAAUUACAUGGUUGCAACAUUUACUCACUCAUGCACUUAGCUGGGCAGGCUUUAGGUGUGUGUGUGUUGUGUUUGAGGAGGGUGUGUGUUAGAUGGCAGAGAACAGAGGGACAAGGUGAAAGAGAAAGAGAGAGAGAGCGAGCGAGGCAGAGGGAGAGAGAUGCUGCACCUGUGCAUGAUCACCUGAGAAGAAGAAGAAAAAGAAAACAGAGGAGGUAAAGAAUUUGUGAACAUGGCGGGACAGUUUCACAUCUGAGAGAAUCUCCUUCAGGCAUCUCAUCAUCAACAAGGUCAGUCCUCCAGUCUCUGUUGGUGUCAUGGCUGAUCCAAGCUGGUGGAAGCUGACCUUCUUGCGCAAGAAGAAAUCUGAAUCUAAGGUUCUGUACGAGAUCCCAGCUGAGUAUGGCAGUAACACCGGAAACAAAGACCACUCGAGCAAUAAUAAUCCCCCUCCAGACCAUAUGGAAAGCCAGUUCAAUGCCAGACUGGAAAAGAUUGUAGAUAAAUCAGCCACCAAGGGCCGCCACGUCAAGGUCUCCAACUCUGGACGCUUCAAGGAAAAGAAGAAGGUCCGUGCCACGCUGUCCGAGAACCCAAAUCUGUUCGGAGAGCACAACCUCAGUGACGAGAACCAUAAAAAAAAGUCUGACAAAUAGCACACAUCCUCCCAAAAACAUAUACCAAAAUGCACAUACUCGACCACAAAUGUGUCAUAUGUCAGUGUCACACUUAUAAAAGCUUAUGGAAGGCUAAAAUGUAUACAAGCACAGCCAUGUGGCACCACAUGUGCAAGGUGGAUAAACACUUGUUACCAUGCACCACACCCAGGUAGAUACUGUAACCAUGUGGACUCACACCAAUACAAACAACUGGUAUCAGCAGACAACCAUCUGACAUUCACCAUUAAACAAAAUACUGGAGACAUUUUCCUUCUGUCUCAUUUUCUUUUCUUUUCUAACUUUCUGUGCUCACACUGUUGUUAUUUAUCUUAAAAAAUGAUCAGUGACAUGAAGAAAAAGUCAAGUUACUCUGCCUAACCUCAUGCAAACAUCCUUAGGAAUGAACAGUAACAUUAUUGUAUUUUAAAUUUUUUAUUUUUAUUAUUAUGAAUGAAGAGUUUUGGAAUUAAACCUCCUUUUUUUUUUACGUCUUACACAAUCAAUUCACAAGUGAAGAAACGUCUGUAAAGCACAAUAAAUUUUUAUUACAUUUUUAUGACCAAAGCAAAUAGAGACUUGAUUUUGAUGACGUGUCUGAAAUAUUGUGGAUACAAAUAUGGUACAUUUAAAGAAAAUGCUGUUUAUAUAAUCUUUUCUGAAAUCCUAAAGCAAAAACUAAUUGUAUUUUGUUUUUAAUAAAUGUUUCAAGAUGAGUUAA